AUGCGGACUAGGCUUGAAUCAAGCACUGAAGUUGCUGAAACUACUCAACUCACAAGUGGAUCGAUAACUGAAUAAAGCUACAACAAGAAUAGAUUUUGCCACCAAAAUGAGGAAAUGAACCGUUUAAAUGACGCUGCGCCAGUAUGGUUUUUACUAUCGAUAAUGUCACAAAAUGUGAUGAUGCCUGCCCCCUUGGGUUACUUGCGUACAGAGCUGUUCCGAAAGCUUGGUGAUUUACGAGCAAAUUUAAGCGUACUGCAAGCGACAAGGAAGCACAGAACUUCAUAUUUUCUAUCAUCUUAAAAUAUACUGUAUCUAUCUCAAUAAC